AUGAACUGUCGUUACACGAACAAAUGCAAAGGCGAAUUGCCCUUUGGAACGGCAAUUGAAACACCAUUGCCAAAAACACUGAACGCCUCACCAAACACUCUCGCCGGCCUUAGCUCUCAAUAUUGUACGGCCGAAUCUGCUAAUCAAGGCUCUGCUGUGAAAUGGAGCCCGAUAUCACCCAUAACUGAAUCAUACGGAGCAAGUACAAAGAAAGGCUCAGCUCGCAUGAGUAUGUUUUCAUGCUUCCCACGGGAAUUGCGCGGCUCUCUAUCCUUAUCUCCUUCUUCCUCUGCUUCUCCUAAAGCAUUUUCUGGACUAUGGAAUCAGAAUUUGUCGGGACUGUUUGAUGUCAAACACCUCGAAAGACAUCCUUACACCUCCCAGACAUUUAUACCGCUAUCAAGCAGCGAAAGCCGGGACCAUUCUUCAAGCCGACUCGCGGGGUUCGACGAUAUUUUCUUUCUGAUAAUUGUUGCGCCAUCGAUGGCCGGCCUGGUAGAUUCGAAGACUUCAAUACAUGAUCCUCCAGAUCUUACCAAGUUACAAGCUUUCAUUGUUAAGCCCGGUCAGGCUGUGACCUACGCAGCUGGAACAUGGCAUGCACCCAUGGUUGUUAUAGGGAGACAGAGGAUAGAUUUUGUUGUUGUCCAAUAUGUGAAUGGUAUCGACAGUGACGACUGUGAGCUCGUUGGUCUAGAAGAUGGGGUCGUCGUGGAGGUGGAUGCUCGCUCGUCCAGGAUAGUGGCUAAGCUGUAG